UCAAUUAAGAUGGAAGUCAUUCAAAAUAUUACAAGUAUUUUCACGGCAGAUCUUUUAAAGUCAUCUUAUGAAUCCUCAGUGACAUCAAAUGCCUCAAAUGCCGUUGUAGCUCCUUACUUUUUGCUUCCAAUUGUCGUGUUGGCCUAUAUUGCCACACAAAAUCUCGACUCAAUCGAUGAUUUCAAGGAUUCCAGCAGAAAUUUGGUCCUUUUGGAGACUCUUACGAACCAUAAUUUGCAAUUCACUUACGCCAGUUACACGGAAAAGUUAUCUGAAAGUGUAAAAAUCAUGAAUAAAAUGUUCGUGAAUGACACAAAUGUCUUAAGAUAUGACGUUAGUGAUGCAGCUCGUCGUAUGGCAAUGAAUUUCGAAUAUUACGACAUGACUUGGCGUUAUCUGCUAAAGACGGAAAUCGAAAAUUACGCGAAAAGUCACGGAUUUGAGAUGAAAGUUACCUUUGAUAAGCUAAUAAAUCAACAAAUAAUUCUCACGCAUGGCGCUCAGUUCAAAGGCGAGUGGGAAUUUCCCUUCGACAACAAAUACGUGAAUUUUAUGCGAUUUUGGACGGAAGAAUUUCAUUACACGCUCGUCGAAGCGAUGCAUUUUGAAGCGAAAUUUCCUUAUGCCGAAUACUGUAACUUGCGAAUUGUCGCAAUUCCCUACAAAAAAGACCAAAAUAAACUGAGUCUCAUGAUCGUCUUGCCAAAUAAUCACAGAGAACUCAGAAAUCUCGUGAAUUAUUUGAACGAUUAUCAAAAUAAAAUUCUCAAAACGGAAUUUCGCAUGGAAAAUGUCUUCAUCGAUGUGCCGAUUUUUGUCUUGGAGAAAAAUGCUUCGUUAUCGGAUGUCACAAAAAGGAUGAAACUUGGGAGACUUUUCGAUGGAAAUCAAGCUUUGACCUUUGGAGAGCCAGUUUCCUUUGCGAAUGCUCCGUCGCGUGUGACAGUAAUCGCAAAUGCAACAGUGACCUGUGAGGCGAAGGUUAAAGCUCAUUGUCCUCCGGAGACAGAACGAAAGAUUUAUUUUAAGGUAAAUCGUCCCUUUUUGUUCUACAUUUUGGAUAUGGAGACGAGAAUUCCGUUGUUUUCGGGAUUAGUGAGGAAUUUGGGUGACAUGAAGAAAUUUAAUAAUGAGAAUGAGUUUAAAAAUGAUAAAUAUUAUGAAAAUGAUCCAAGGUGUCAUGAACUUUAGGGCGAAGAAAAAUUUUAAAAUUAAAAAAAAAUAAAAAUUUAAAUUUUUUUUUAAUAAUUUUUUAAUUUUUAAAGAUUUUUAUUAAUUUUUUACAAACAAUUUUUUUUAUUAAAAAUUAAAUUUUAUUGAAAUUAAAAAAAUAAUUAUUUAAAUUU